AUGAGUGGGAAGUUUGUUCGUGCCUCUAAAUAUAGACAUGUCUUUGGACAAAGUGUCAAAAAAGAAUUACAAUAUGAAAAUGUUAAGGUAACUAAUAACGCCUGGGAUUCUAAUAUAAUUAAAACAAAUGGUAAGUUUUUGUCUGUUAAUUGGAACGCUUCAGGUGGUGGUGCAUUUGCAGUUAUUCCUGUCGAGGAGGUCGGGAAGGCUCCAGAUCAGGUUCCUCUUUUCAGAGGACAUACCGCGCAGGUUCUCGACACAGAUUUUGAUCCAUUUAACGACCGUAGAAUUGCUUCCUGUUCGGAUGACAGUAAAAUUGCUAUUUGGGAAAUUCCAGAAGAUUACUCCUUUCAUAAGUAUGUUGAUGCUGACAAUGAACCAAAAGAUGUUAAACCCGUUAAGUGGUUAGCCGGCCAUGGUAGAAAAGUUGGUCACGUUCUCUUCCAUCCAGUGGCUGAAAAUAUCCUUGCGUCUUCUUCAUUAGACUACACAGUGAAGAUCUGGAACGUUGAAACAGGAGAAGUUGUUUACACGUUGAAACAUCCGGACAUGGUUACGUCAAUGUCCUUUUCCUAUAAUGGUGCACACUUAGCUACAGUUGGCCGUGAUAAGAAAUUGAGAGUAUGGGAUAUAAGAGCUGAAAAAAUUGUCAGUGAGGGAGCAGCUCAUGCAGGUGCAAAAACCCAAAGAGUCAUAUGGUUAGGUAACUCUGAUAGAUUAGCUACCACAGGUUUUUCAAGAUUAAGCGACCGUCAAAUUGGUAUUUGGGAUGCUUUCAAUUUAGAAAAAGGUGACCUUGGAGGAUUCUAUAACGUCGAUCAAUCUUCUGGUGUUUUGAUGCCAUUCUAUGAUGAUGGUAAUAAAAUACUAUAUGUUGCAGGUAAAGGUGACGGUAACAUCAGAUACUAUGAAUUUCAAAAUGACGAACUUUUUGAGCUUUCUGAAUUUCAUUCCACUGAACCUCAAAGAGGGUUUGCUGUAGCUGCAAAGCGUGUCGUCAAUGUCAAGGAAAAUGAAGUCUUAAAGUGUUAUAAGACUGUCGUCGACCAACGUAUUGAACCUAUUUCCUUCUACGUACCAAGAAAAUCUGAAGAAUUUCAGGAAGAUAUUUAUCCAGAUUGCCCUUCGGCACAGCCUGCUUUGACUGCUGCCGAUUGGAUUUCCGGUAAAUCUGUGGAUGGCCCGAUUCUUAUGAACAUGAUCUCCCUGUUCAAUGGCGCUGAACCAACUUUUAAUGCAGCAAAAAAGGAAGAACCAAAAAAAGAACAAGAGGCUCCAGUCGAAAAGAAAACUACUAACAUUGAAAAGCCAGUGGAAAAGGAAAGCUCGGUUGAUUCAGAUCUUCCAAAAAAAGAGUCUUCUAUCGGAUCAUUAGGGGAAUCUCUCAACAAUAACUCUUUAAGUGAUGUCUUGAAAGCAGACGGUUCUGUCGACAAGUUGUUACAGAGGUCAUCUGAUUUAGAUACUAUUAAUGGUGCUGAAGAUCCCUCAAAAGAAACCUCAACUUGGGAUGAUGAAGACGAUAUCAUCGAAAUCAAAACAUCUUCUCAACCUAAUACUGUGGUUAAAGAAGAACCAAAGAAGGAAGAACUAAAGAAAGAAGAACCAAAGAAAGAAGAACCAAAGAAAGAAGAAUCAAAGAAGGAAGUAGCUAAAAAGGAAGAACCAACAGACUCUAAAAGUUCAACUUCCGCUGGUGGAGCUGCUAAAUCUCUUGGACUAAAGCAAUCUGUAGAAAAAUUAUCCAAUCUGGUGAUUAGCUUGGAAACUGUUAUCGAUACUCUUCUCAAGGCCAAUUUGGAAAAAGACGAGCGUUUAGCAAAGUUAGAAGAAAAGAUCGAUCUUUUAUUGAAGAAGGAAUAA